AAUAAAACAGAAAAUAUAAUGCUACUAUAUAUCCAGGUACAUUUGUAUACAGGUGACCCCUGACCUAUGACCCCCUGCAUUUAUGACCAUCUUGCUCUGGCAGCUGCCUCCACCCGGCACAGACCCCAGUCGGCUCUGGGAGGAGCUUGCACCAUGCUGCCUUCCCCUGGGACAACCCCCGGCUGGCUCUGGGAACAGCUAGUGCCAUGAACUACAACUCCCAGGAGGCAAAGUAGGCCAGGAACGGAACCCCCAUUUUUAUCACUGCACUUAUGGGAAAAAAGGGUUCGACUUACAACAGUUCUCCAGGAACCAACUAGGUCGUAAGUGCGGGGGCUGCCUGUAUUGUGUGUACAUCUCGUCACCCCAUCUCAAAAAGAUAUAUUAGAAUUGGAAAAGAGCUUUUCAAUGUCAGAAGAACAAAAUCAGGAUACAAUGGCAACUGAGGAGCUUCAAGCCGUUAUACAACGAUGUCAAAUCCUAGAAGAACAAGAUUUCAAAGGAGAAGAUUUUAAUCUUUUUCAAGUAGCAUGCCAGAAGUGCUUAGAAGAAGGUUAUGUACAAGAAGUAUUACAAGUAAUUCAAAAUGAGAAAAAUAAGGUUAUUGUCAAGAGCAUGGGAUGGAAUCUUGUUUGCCCUCUUGUUAGGUGUAUUUUGAGUUAUAAGCAGGAAGAUGAGAAGAGAGAACAUUGUCUGAAAAUACUAAAUCAGUUGGUACAGCUCUGUAAUCCAAAGGAACUUUUAUUGGGUUUACUUGAACGGAUUGAGCAGACCUCUGGGGAACAGAUAUCCCAAACUAUUUUGCUCUUGCUUCAGCCUCUGCAGACAGUUCUACUGAAACUUCAUAGCAAGAAGUCAUACUCAGUGGGCUUAUCUUUGUCUACCAUUUCAAAUCAACUUUCUCUUCUGCCUGUACCUUACACAAAAGAACAAAUACGAGAAGAUAAACUUGGACUCUGCCAGUGUUGCAGUGCAGUAGUGGAUUUUGCUAAACCUUUUGUGGAUCAAGUUGUUAAAAAUAUGGACGCUUCAACAGAAAGUGAUGGCAAAGAGCUCAAACAAGAAUUGCUAAAAUUUUGUUUGAAAAGCUUCAAAUACCCCUUAUUAAUAGCACAGCUUGAUCAGCUGCAUGAAGACAUUGAAGAAGAUCCCUUAAGACAUUUUGCAGCUGAAAUUCUAGGCAUUUUAAUCGAUAUAGGAGAGUUGAUACCAACCAUGUUCUCAUACCGUGGAAGCAGAAGUCAGAACUGGGAUAAUCAGGAUUUUUUGAAUGAAGAUAGAAAGCAUUCUGCAGAUUCUUUGGCAUGUCUGUCGUAUCUGGUGUUUGUUCAGUGUAUUGGUAUUGAUUGUUUUCCAAUGGUCUUUAGUCCAUCAUAUCUUCUACAGUGCAACAUGACACACAUUGAGCUCCUAUUGAAAAGGACAGAAGAAUCUGUGUUAACUAAAGGACUUGACCUGCUUGAAAACUCAUUAUUGAGAAUGGAAGAUGAUAGCCUUCACCAUCAGUAUUUGGAAUUCAAAGGCUUCAUUACAGCACCUCAGGAUUUGGUGAAAGUGAUGACCCUUUGUCCUAUCGAGCAUCUGCGAAAGAAGAGUUUAAAGAUAUUGCAGUUGUAUGUAGACAAGUUUGAUGCAGAGGGAAAAUACACUUUGUUCAGGUGUUUAUUGAAGACAAGCAACCAUGCGGGCGUAGAAGGCUAUGUUAUUCAAAAUAUCAAAAACCAAAUUGAUUUAUCAUUAAAGAGAGCAAAUGACUGUAAAUGGUUUACUGGACCUCACCUGGUUUCACUUCUAGAUUUAGUGCUCUUGCUUCCUGAAGGGGCUGAAACAGAUCUUCUCCAAAACUCAGAUAGGAUUAUGGCCUCACUCAAUCUACUGAGAUAUUUAGUCAUUAAGGAUAAUGAACACAUCAAUCAAACUGGUGUAUGGACUGAACUUAACAAGAUCAAGCAAAAUUUCUUAAAGCCUUUGCACACAGGACUUAAUAUGUCAAGAGCACAUUAUGAAGCAGAAAUAAAGAGUAAAAAGGAAAAUAGACAAGCAUCUCAGAAUUGUAAAACAGUUUGUUCCCUAACAGUUGGGGGGGAAAAGAUGCCUAACAUGACCACUGAAAUGCAGCUUCAGGUUCUACACUCAGCUCUUUUCACAUUUGAUUUAAUAGAAAGUGUUCUGGCCCGAGUAGAAGAACUCAUCGAACUGAAAAUAAAAACCGUAGCAGAUAAGAAUAUUGGGGGUCAAAUGAAGCACUCAAUGUCCUAAAUCCCAGUGGUUGUUUAACUUUUGCAAUACAUUAAGACAUUGGUCGUCAUUAAUAUGACUACUUGAAAGAGACAUUCUCAAGCUUUACACAAGUCUUUUGAAGGAUUAUUUAUAAAGGCUUCUGUUCUUUAUGUAUUCAGUUACAUGUCUUUACUGUAAAAUCUGAUUAAUGGAGAUAGACAAUCUACUGAUUUCAAUAAAAUACUGCAAGUAUC